AUGGAUCCAGAGGCUUCUAAGAAUGCUCGAGAAUCGUUGGAACUGGCUUUUAAAAUGUCAAACAUUCUGGAAACAGGGUUGGAUCGCCACACACUUUCAGUCCUCGUUGCUCUUUGUGAAAAGGGCUUGAAUCCCGAGUCACUUGCUGCACUUGUCAAGGAGCUCAGAAGGGAACCGCAAACUAACCCUACUACAAUACCUGCAGCUCCCACAUUUACCUGA